AAGCCAUUUAUAAUUAUUGUUGCACUUUAUUAAAUACUAAUUUCUGCUACUAUGUACAACUAAGCAAGAAAAGGUAAAAACAGAGCAAUGUAAUGUGCUUUUAGUAACUAAAGGGAUGGUGUGAAUGGUGGCUGUCAAGGUGGAUGAACAGAUGAUCAAGAUGCAUGAAAUGUUCUAGUUUUUCAUCUGUUGCACAAGUGUGCCAUCCAUCCUCUGUUCUUGCUUGGAAAAAAAAAUCACUGAAGCCAUAAAGGAAGUGGUUUGAAUAGUGGCGCGAUGUGGGAACAAAUCAGUAAAUACAACGUGGAAGUGGGCGUUUGUGUGGGCGUUUACAAAAUGCAACAGGCGCUUAAGACCUGGUUGUCAAACUUCUUCCUGCCUGAGAGAAGCCAGUUCUUGGGAAAGCCUUUCCUUAACCACAAACUGACUUGUCUGAUCAUAUUCUUAACUAACUCCCAGAUCCAAGUCAGAAAUUCAAGCUUAAGGAUAGUCUGCCAACAGGGCGUGUUCUCAUACAAUAGCUGGAAAUACUUUCGAGUUUCAUUCCUCUUACGGCAGCAUCAUGACUGGCAGAGGGAGAGGAAAACCAUGCAAGGCGAAAAGUCCUGAUGCUGAAGGAGCCAAGAGCAAAACUAGACUUGACAAAACUAAACAAGAAACUCUUCCUAGCAGUCCAGACGAUACAGAGAAGGAGAAUGAAACUGCAAAAAAACGGAAACCAAAGCAGAAGCAGGUAAACCACGGUGAUGUGACGCCAUCUGUACAGAAUGCCAGAGAAGAAACAAACCUGACGACAAAAAAAGAAGGCAUGAAGACUCCUGCAAAAGGCACAAUUGCUAAAGCUUGUGCUGACAGGACCAAGCCAACGGAGCGAUUUGCAGCGGAAAUCAAGACGGAAGCUGAGACACCUACACGAACCCUAAAAACAUGCGGUGGGAAAGCCAAAGCAGGAGAACAACAUCCAGAGGUGAUGACUAAGAUGAAGCCAGACAUACCAAAUGACACUACAAAGGCAUCGGCGCCUAAAGCAAAACCAUGUGGUGGUAAGGCAAAACCACGAGUAAAAUUUGCUGAGGAGACACCAGCGAUGCAGCUGGAACUAGCAGAACAGAAAGCCAGAAAGGUUCCUGAAAAGGAAAAGCUCGGAAAAGCCAAAACACGCGCAGACGAAGCAAAACUGAUAGAAGAAUCCAUUGAGAGGGCGAUCAAGACGCAGCUGGAGACACCAAAGGACAAAACUGCAGUGGACUCUGUCCUCAACGCAACUCUGAAAACCCUGAAGAUUAAAAAGAACGACAGAUCAAAAGCAUCGCAAGUCGUCAAUGAAAUAACAGCUAAUAUUAUCAAGCAUUUAAAAGAGAACACGCAAUGCUUUAAAGAAGUAGAAGAACCACUACGCUCCGGGAGCUACUAUGAAAAUUUAAAGCAAGAUAUUCUUGUCCAAAUGCCUUCAAUUAAAAAUCUGCUGAAGACAAGUACAGUGGUUAGGAUGUGA